AUGGCGGGUAAGCCGUCCGUGUUGGCCAAGUUGUCCGUCGGCCAGCUGCAGGAGCUCAUGGUCCGGUGUGGUCUGCCAAAGACUGGUGCAAAGCUUCUCCUAUACAACCGUAUUCGGACCGCGGCUAGAGAGCACAAACCUUUGGCUCCCAACUCUCGCAUUCUCAGCAUCGACAUGGGUCUCAAGAACUUCGCCUACAGUGUUCUCACUCCAGUCAUGCAAGACAGCAAGGCCAUGGCCGAAGAGUAUCCUUUGCCUGGAGACGGAGGGAUCGGGAUCAACAAGCCCAAGGACGGAGAAGUCAGGAUCAACAGACCCAAGGACGGGGAAAUUAUGUUCAAGAGGCCCAAAGGCGGAGAAAUUGUUGACACGGCUAGUUUCUUCGGGAUGCUUGAAGGGACCAAGGACGGGAAGAAUGGCGUCCUCGGGUCCACAUUCGAACAAAAUCUCAACACUCAACAGUCUUAUAAUAUAAAGAAUACUACAAGGCGUGUGGCCGACUUGCACGCAUGGCGCCACCUCAACCUUCUCCCCUGGCUUGAGGUGAGCAAUAUCGAUGGGAAGAAUACGGACGCCGUCAGCGAGAACUUUGCCCCUAACGCCAUGGCUGACAUGGCCUACCGUCUUAUCACGGAGCAUAUUCUGCCCCAAAAGCCAACCCACAUCCUCAUUGAGCGUCAGCGCUUCCGUACCGCCAAUGCAGCCGGCAUCUUUGAGUGGACCGUCCGUGUAAACAUGCUCGAAUCCAUGAUCUACGCCAUCCUGCGCGUCAUGCAAAACCGCGGCGAGUUCAAGGGCGUCGUGGUUGCCGUGCCGCCCAAGCGCGUGGUCAACUACCUCGUGGACAAGUACGGGCAUGAGAUACCCACACCUCGCGAUCUGGUGAAUCCUAAGAGGGCCAAGAUAAAGCCAAAAUCGAAACGAGGCUUCUCGAGGUUAGAGAACGAAAUUCCACCCGAGGAGGACAAGGAUGACGAGCUUCUCAACCCAUUCGAGGAGCCCAUCAACGUUGACGAAAAGGAAACCAAUAAAAAGAUCAAGGACGUCAAGAAGGCCCGGAUGUGCCUUUUGGGUUCGUGGUUGAAGAACCAGGAAAAGCUCGGUCUCGUAAACCGUGAGAUGCAGCGCAUGGCCGACUACUUCGUAAGGGCCGUUCCCGUCGCCGUCAACAAUUUGUUAGGUCUGACCAAGCAGAAAUUGAGGAACAGCGCCGUAGAAAUGCCGGCUCCCGCGCACCUCCCGGAGUCCCUCGGCGUCGGCACGUUGAUGGGCAAGAGAGAAGAGAGGACGGAGCGUGUUACCAAGGGCGAACACAUUGACAAGAUGGACGACUUAUGCGACUCGGUCACCCAGGGACUCGCCUGGCUGGAGUGGGGGUUACAGUUGGAGGAAGCUAUGAAGAGAAUGCCGUGGAUUAUGGAAAACAAUGAGGAACCGGAGAGACCCAAGCUGGGAAUCCCUGUGAGGAAGAGGACAACGGGCGGGGGUCUAUAGAAUUUUUCUAGAUGUACGAUAAAGUGUUGCCAAG